AUGCAAUUCCAAAAGAUCGCAUUGUUAUCUGCUGCCGCUUUGGCCUCCACUGUUUCCGCUGAUGGUUACACCCCAGGCGAGGAAUGGACCACCUUAACUCCUACCGCCACUUACAGCUGUGGUGCUACCGAAUACCCAUCCUCUUUUGGUAUCGCUAUUCAAACUGUUGGCUCUUCCAGUUCCAUUGCUAAGAGAGAUGCAGUUUCUCAAAUCGGGGACGGUCAAGUGCAAGCCACCUCUACUUCUGCUCCAAGCACUACUGCCACUGAGUCUGCCACUGAAACUGCCGUCUCCCAAAUCAAUGAUGGUCAACUUCAACAGACCACCGCAUCUGGUGAAACUGGUUCCACCACUGUGUUGUCUCCAAGCUCUACCACUGUUUCUAACUCUGUCUGCCCAACUGAAUCAAUCACUCUAGGUGCCACUUCCUGUAAGAACACUGGUACUUUGACCAUCCAAUUGAAAGACGGUGUCUUGACCGAUGGUAAAGGUAGAAUCGGUGCUAUCGUAUCAAACAGACAAUUCCAAUUUGACGGUCCACCUCCACAAGCCGGCUCCAUCUAUGCCGCUGGUUGGUCUAUCACUUCGGAUGGUAACUUAGCCCUAGGUGAUAGCGACAUCUUUUACCAGUGUCUAUCCGGUAACUUCUACAACUUGUACGACCAGUCCAUAGGUGAACAAUGCCACCCAAUCCAUCUAGAAUUGGUCAACUUGGUCGAUUGUUAA